GUUGUGAUUCACUGGUAAACAAUAAUUUGAUUCUCAUGCCUUUUUUUUUGUUUGUGCUAAAGCAAAAUAUUGAAUAAUGUGUAAUGCAAUAACUCAGUCCGCGAGGGAAUAAUAGACAGUAAAAUGUACAGUACAGUAUAUUACAGUACAGAAAAGGGCACUUACGUCAUCAGGGAACUCUCCGUUACAACCUUUAUGACAUCAGAAGUUGUAAUAUCAAGUCUUGAAAUGUUUUUGUUUUUAUGUUAGAUGCUUUUAAAAGGCUGUCUCAUAAAGAAAUCUGAUAUAUGGCAAUAUAUGUUAAACACACAUGUAAUUAUAUGUUCUUAUAUGGUUUUCACUGAUCACAUACUUGUACAUAUAUGGAACAUAUUUCAAAAUAAUACAAAAAUGGCUGUUUUCACAUAUGUAACACAUUUUCACAAAUACUAGUAGAAUAUGAAUAUACUGUAAACAUAUGCUCAAACAUAUGAACUAUAAUUUAAUAUCUAUAUACAUAUAUGGUCAUAUAUCAGAUUUUUAUAUGAGUUGCCAUGCAAACUGACAUGCUCACGCAUUUUACAGACUAUACCUUUUUUCAGAACUUGUGCAUAUUUAUUUUAAGAUGCUUUUUAAGUGUGGUUCUUAUUUUAAUUCUAAUAGAGCAAGUAUGAUUUAUUAUAGAGGCAUUUGGCAAAGGAUGUAUCUGCAACUGUAUUGGUCAAAAGUUGACAUCUUAUUAACAACGGAGUUUAUUUGUGCAUUGUCUUUACAUUUGAUUAUUAUUAUUAUUAUUAUUAUUCAUUUAUUGAGUUAGUUUGCCAUGACUCAGUGAGUAUUGAGUAUCAUUAGUUACAUAACAUUGAGACUCCAUUCUUUUUCAUAGUUCAUGCUGCAAUGGAAAAUUCAGGUAAUGUUUAAUAACCCUAGAUACUGCCACAAUAUGAAAAAAAAAAAAAAAUGCAUUUCCUCUAAAUCUGUGAGUCUAUGAUUCUGGAUCCUUUUUCAAUCUUGUUUUAAAAAAAAAAAAAAAAAAAAAAAAAAAAAAAAAGUUAGACUAAACCUGAAAUGGGAUUUGAAAUAAAACUCAAACACAACUGACCGUAAGACAAAGUGCCUUUUUAUUUGAGAUAAAUAUGCUAAGUUAUCAUACUAUAAUGUUAUAGUAACUGACUGUAGUAGAACAGGAGUAUUCAUUGUGUAUUAAUGAACGCCCGGGGGCAGCAACAGUUCUUAUGGGAUGUACAACUUAAUUCUUCAAACACCCGCCCAGAUCAUGCAGAACUGUCCCGCAACUCUCCAUUUCUCUUUGUUGUUGCAGUCAUAACAGCCAGCUAUCAACGGGAGGCGCGUGUCAUCAAUUUUUUAACACCUCUGUCUCAAUGACAGAAUGAGUUACAUACUACCUGUAGUGCGAAGCAAGACAAAUCUAUUCAAAAUGACACACUGCAAGCGAAUGACGCUACAAAACGCCCAUUAGCGUACAAGUGGUACGCGUUCUUGCGUUUCGUCUGUGCUAUUUUUUAAUUGCUGUUCAAUGCAUGUAGCCUAUACAUGCGUCAGGCUGACGCUUUGACCUUUGCGUCGCGUCUCGCGCCAUUAACUUUGCGCUUGGCACUUUAAGUUAGGGGGCGUUCCGACCGAGCACAUCACUGCGCUUAAAAGAAGCUAGACGCAGCAUCACGAACGCAUGUGUCUCGAUACGCGUUUUAACAGUUGAAGUUCUUUUUAACAUGACACAGCGUCUAAAAAACGCAGCACUCCUGCGUUAGACGCUGGGGAAAAAAUUAGCGAAACGUGACGCAACGGCCAAAGACGUCCGUCUGGCGUAUGUUUACAUUGGAAAACUAUUGAAAAAAAACCCCAACGCAUUCGGUGUGAACGACGCCUUAAAAUCUCAGCGUGUCUCGAAACGCGUUCUGCUCCUUUCCGUUGCGCUCCGCUGUUAUUGAACUUCACGUGUCCUUUGUGAACGCCCCUCAUGUCAGCUGAUUUGAUUAUAAUGUGAGCGUUCUGAUGUUGUCGCGGGCAGUGUACAUGGUGGGGGUGUGAGUGAGUAAAGUUAAAGGCGGAAGCUGAAGUUUCGCUCGACUCGCACAAGCAUCGCUCGCUCGAUCUCAUUCAUGCGUUUGGGUACGCUCGGACCCCUGCGCGCAAAAACCCCCGCGUACUCUCGACGCGUUUAUGAAGUUGCUCCGGUGUGCAUUCUAAAUCAAAUAUACUGAUGAGCUCUUUUUACGGCGAUAAGGCUGCGAUAGGGCUGGCUGAGGAGUUGAGUCAAGUAAACUGUCAGGAUGAGCUUGAGUUUGACUAUCUCUUUGAGUAUGGAUUCCCCACGGGACCUCAAGAUGAGCCAAGUAUAUCCACGCACAAAGACCUCAGCUCUCCUCCUAGCCUUCCCUAUCCUCUGGAGGAAACUCAACCUUACGGCAUCAAGCCUUGUACGUCCUCCUACACGGAAGUCAGCACUGAAGGCCUUACGGGGUAUGAGCAACUGGAAGCCAAGAACUACCUGGAACACACCAGGCCCAGCAGCCAAGCCCUGAGCCCCAGAAUCGAGAUCACCCCUUCCCGUGAGCACUAUAAUCAUGGUCGAGACUCCCUCCAGAACCAUCUCGUAAACACCAGUCCCAGUCCUGGACUCACUGUGCCUGGUCACGACCCCUUGGCCUACCGCGAGCCACAGUGCCUGAGUCCCGCCAGCAGCAACUCCUCCACCUCUUGGCACUCAGAAAACCUCUCGCCCUGGGCGUCGCCUUGUGUAUCGCCCAGCAAUAGCCAGGCAGCUGGGGAACUCUGCCCCAGACUCCAGGGUGUCCACACGGGUUCACCCCGUAACAGUCCGGGCACCUCUCCGCAUACCAGCCAGGCUGAGGACGGCUGCGUUGGCCCACGCUCUCCUUCCCCGAGGCCCGGUUCACGUUCCACCUCUCCUCUAUGCAAACGCACCUACGAUAUGUACAGGAACCCCAACCUGGUGCCAGGGCCUCGUUCGCGCAGCCCAUCGCCCCACGGUAGCCACGAAGAGCAUCACAGUGGCCAUUAUGGCUCGAACAACAUGCCUGCGGUCCCGAAUGGGUUUGGUGUCGGGCAAGCUAGUUCUAUUCCCACCAAGAUUGUGAAGACCAAUCAGCAGGCAUACCCCCUCUACGCUGAGAACCACACUGAGAGCUAUUUUGUGUCCUGCGACCAGGAUAUAAAAGCCAAAUCUGCCCCUGAACCUUUCUUUGUAAUUCCCCCAAUCUGGCCUAAACAGUUGGUGCCUGGUAUAUGCAGCAUCCCGGUGACUUCCCUGCCCCUUCUGGAAUGGCCCUUACCAAGUCGCACCGAUCAAUAUGAGCUGCACAUUGAGGUUCAGCCCAAACCCCACCACAGAGCCCACUAUGAGACAGAGGGCAGUCGAGGGGCGGUCAAAGCCCCAACCGGAGGCCACCCGGUGGUUCAGUUACGUGGAUACAGGGGCAAGGAGCCACUAGCUCUGCAGAUCUUCAUUGGUACGGCAGACGAGCGAAUCCUGAAGCCUCACGCAUUCUACCAGGUCCAUCGCAUCACUGGCAAAACUGUCACCACCACCAGUUAUGAGAAGAUCAUUAACAGCACCAAAGUCCUAGAAAUUCCUCUGGAGCCAAAGAAUAACAUGAAAGCCAUAAUUGAUUGUGCUGGGAUUCUCAAGCUCCGGAAUGCUGACAUUGAACUUCGUAAAGGAGAGACGGAUAUUGGCCGGAAAAACACACGUGUUCGACUGGUAUUUCGCGUUCACAUCCCCCAGCAAGGAGGCCAACCUUUUUCUCUUCAAGUUGCUUCACAUCCAAUUGAGUGUUCUCAGAGAUCAGCCCACGAGCUGCCCAUGGUGGAGAAACAGGACAUGAACUCUUGUUCGGUUCUUGGAGGUCAGCAGAUGAUACUCACCGGCCAGAACUUCAGCUCUGAUUCAAAAGUGAUCUUCACAGAGAAGACUCAUGAUGGCCAACAAAUUUGGGAAUUGGAAGCCACUGUUGACAAAGACAAAAGCCAAGCGAGCAUGCUGUUCAUUGAGGUACCUCCAUACAGAGACCCAUCCAUUUGCCAUCCUGCUAAAGUCAACUUCUAUGUAAUCAAUGGAAAACGGAAGCGCAGUCAGCCUCAACAUUUCACCUACACACCUCUACCAGAAAAAAAAGUAUAUCAUACAGGUUUGGAACAACAGGAGGUUCCAUCUAUAAAGACAGAGCCAGUGGAUGACUAUGAACCUGGUCAGAUGGGUUAUUCCAUGUCACAGAUUCUCGGGGUGUCUCCUCAGGCAUACUAUAACCCUCGUGGAGUUAUCAACCCUGACAGUGGCCUGAUGCCUGGCCUCAUACCCUGCCAGGAGCCCCGCCUGGGCAUCUCCCCUCCAGAUCACCGAUUUCAGCAGCAAAGCCCGACAAUAAUCUACUCCCGUCCAGGAAAGAGCUUGGCAAGCAGCCCCUCUAUUUACUCUCAGACGGGAGCCUCUAUGAUGCCAGAUUCUCAUCGGUCAGUUCUGGUGCACACGGGUUCUCCAGCCCAAUCUUCUCACCUGGGUGGCCAGCAUCCCUCAAUUAUCCAGUUCUCUCCAACCAACCAUCUACUUAGAGGUGGAGACCCACCUGCCCCAACACCUCCAGAACAUCAGCACAUCAUUUAUUGCGAGGGCUAUAACCAGCAUGUGGCUCAAACUGCAGGGGCAAACCGCUCUCCAGUACCAGCCCAGGCACCCCAGCAUCCUCAAAAUUACCCAACGGUCAUCCAACAGCAGCCCUUUGUUCAGAGAGUGGCCAAAGACCAGUCACCUCCAGUGCAGGUAGAGCCUCAAAGAUGUUCCUCCGCAGAAGAACAGGGAACCAGCAUUCCUGGACGAGUCACGGUCAAGCAGGAGAACUUGGACCAAGCGUAUCUUGAUGAUGUGAACGAGAUCAUAAGGAAGGAUCUGACAGGAGUGCAUGGCAGGGGUCAAACAUAGAGGAAAUGUCAAAUCAGGAGGCGUUUAGGACCUCUGGAGUGUCUGCUGUGCCUCGGUGUAUUGCAGACAGCGCCACACGCAAAAUCAGCAAUGCUUCUGACUCGGUCAAAUAUCAACCCUUAUCUCAGUGCCGUACAGCUUAAUGGCCCUCUGGAUUCCUGAUGCAAACUGGAUCACAGACCACAUUUAACCAAACUUCCAUCUCAGUCAGUUUGUUGAUGUGUAAAUGGUAUUGAAUUUCCCAACUAUUAUUUGACUUUUGAAACCUUUCCAAUGUUGAUCUCAUACGUCAGAGUUGUCAGAGACUUGAUCCUUCAUAAACAGCUUGGAUUGGACAGGUGGCGUAAAUUAUUAUUUUUAAAAUUAUUUCUUUCUUGUAGUCUUUUAUUCCGUUGCCUUUAGACUCACAUAAAUGAACUAAGAUUAGUGUAUUUGGAGCAAUAACCUCAUCAUCUAUGAGACUAAAUCUAAACCUAAACCAUUGCUGUCUGUCAUAUCCUCCAAAACAAGCAGUUUGCACAUACAUCCAAAGGGAAAGUGGAUACUAGACCGCACCACUGCUAAUGUUUGAUGUCUUUGUCUAAGAAUAGGUUCAUCUGUUGUUGUUUUUGUAGUCAAAAUUAUAUUUUAAAAUAAAAGCAUUAUAAUUAAUAUUUAAAUUGCUAAAAGCACUGUUCUUGAAGGGAUUUCUUAAAAACAGAGUAUGCACUUCUUGUCAGUAAAAUAUUUGCCUUGUGUAAGUAAAGUUGUGCAGCAAGAUUUUUUUUAUUUAUUUUAUUUUAAUUUUAUAUGUAUUUUUUCUUUUUGUGUGUAUGUGUGUGUGUGUGUGUGUGUGUGCAAUUUUAUCAUGUAGAUGGUGAGCAAUUACAGCCAAGAAAAGCCAAAGAAGUGAUUUAGUGAUAUAUUUUUUUUUGUUUUUUUUUGUUUAUGUAAAUAGAAACAUUUGAACAUGGUGUCAAAAUAUGUGCCUUUGCUUUCAAUAUUGUAAUACUACCAAAACUGAACACAGAACCAGCAUGACAAUAAUGAAUUGAAAUACAUAAAUAUUGUGUUAAGCUUCACUAUAUUUGGAUUCUAUACUCUUUGCCUUACCAAUUUGAAGUCAAAUCUAUUUUCCUUGUGCACUCAAAUAAUAAUAGCAAUAAUAAUUUUAAAUUUCAUAACACAAUUCCAUCAAAUUGAACAUAUUAAUCUUAUUAGAAUUAAAAGAAUUAAAUAUUUUAAGUUGUAUUAAUUUAAUUUAUUUAAAAAUUACAAAAUUCAAUUUGAUGGAGUUUUGGUAUGAAAUUAAAAUGCAUAAAUCUUACAAAUAGACUAAAAUAUUUUUUGAGUGUGUGUACAAGAGUUAUUUUUGUUUUUAUUAUGUCCCAUAAUUUUUUUUUAGAUCAGGUGCAUAACAUAACUAUUUCAUCUUGUGAUUAUUUUUUUUUUAACCAUAACAGCUUUGCUUUUAUGAUAUGCAUAAAUUUGAUGAGUGUGUGUAUAUAUAUACAGCUGACAAAAUAUAAAAGUUGGCUUGUGUAUUUAUAAGUAGAUACACUCUGUAUGUCUUUGCAGCUACAUACAAUGUGUUUUUGUUUGUUUUUGCAUAUUGAAUGCACAUUGACAAAAAAAAAAAAAAAAGAAUUUAUGAAAGUAAACAAAUUUGAUAAUCUAAAAAUCAUCACCUUUAAAGUAAACUCUGUGUAGAAUGCA